AUGAUUCAGACCGCUCUUCAAACUUACCACCAGGAUGUCUUGAACAAGGCUGACUUUGCCUCAAUUUUCCGUCAUGCACGCAUCGUUCAUAGUCUCACCAGUCAUACAUAUAGUCGUUAUCCCAUAUGGAAACAAUCGAUCUUGAGAUUUUUUGCACUAUCUCCUUUCGAAAACACGCCCUACGAGGCCAUCAAACCGAGCACACAUAUAGGCGAAUGUUGGUCCAUGUACGGAUCGUACGGCACACUCGGUAUUAGACUUAGCCAACCCAUCAUCAUCCAAAGUAUCUCUAUAGAUUAUCCUUCUUCCCAAAUGAUGGCCGGUAAUAUGUCCAAAGCACCCCGAAAACUAGAAUUGUUUGGUAUUAAUAAGGGUGCAAAUGUGUCUUUGGGGACAGCAGAGUAUGAUAUUUAUGAUGAUCAUGCAAUACAAACUUUUGACAUGAAUCCUACCAAAGAAAAUGAAUCCCCAAUUGUAUAUGGUAUUGUCCAGCUGCAUAUAAAAUCAAAUUGGGGUAAUCCGAAUUGCACAGAGAUAUAUCGUGUACGUAUUCAUGGUAUUCCACCGCCCAUUAUCGAGGAAAAGAGGAAUGAUUAA